GUGCUCGCUACUACAGCGCAAGCAGAGCUUAAUAACAGCGAUGUGACGCACAUGCGUGAUUCGCGAGGGUUUGUUUGGGUUCUGAGCGCCACAUGGAGCAGCAGCAGUGUCGACAGACCCUGCAGAGAUAGAGCAGAGGAGCACGCUCACAGUGUGCAUCCUCAGACCACUGCUCUGGCUGCACUGCUGGGGGAUGUCUUCAGGCUGCAGAGAUGUGCAGCUCUCCGGAUGAUUAUCACAUCACUGUUCCGCCUUCAUAUGAGAACCUGGACGAUGAGAUAUACCAGCCGUUUCCUGCACCACUGUCUCCAACAUGUGCACAUCUCUCAGAGACAUCCAACAAAUCUGGGGAACAGGAGCAGAAGAUUGGUGGCUUACUCUUGUCUCAGAUGGAAGAGGAGCCGGUGAUGCAGAUGGACAUGCCUCAUACCGCUCUGAAUGUGGACAGGCCAGUGAAACAAUGCAUAAUACUUGUGUCUGAAAAAGGAAUACCUGCACUAUGGAAUGUUCUCAACAACACGUCUUUCAAAGGACAGGGACAUGAAGAAGAAGAUCUACAGAUUCUGAUGAGUGAAAUUGAACAGUGGGGUCAGCAGCUGUAUCCAGAAGAACCGUUUGAAACCUUCAUCAAUCAGCUGGAAGAUGUAAGUGACCAUCCAUCCAUACAGACAUGUGUCCAGAGUUUACGUCGGGGCAUUGUGACGCCGUGUGCCAUGUCUGGGUCUGGUGGCUGUGAAGACAAGUGUUGCACUAUGGGAAAUGUAGUCAAGCCUCAGAAGUCCACAAAAGAUGAAGACCAUCCUGAAACAUAAAACCCAAGAUCAUGUAUCUCUCUGAGCCCUAACAAUUUAUCAGUCUCCUAAAUCAGAGGAGAACUGAAGGAAUACUGGGCUUCUCUUAAUGUUCUUGAUUUGUUGUAUUUUUCAGCAGAGAGAAGGCUGGGAUUACAAGACAUUUUCUCACACACUCAAACUCAACACUGAUUUGUGAUCACUAUGGAUGCUCACAAUAUAAACAUUCUUUCUGACAGUAAAAUGUAUGUUGUAUUUUAGAUGUUUUUGUAAAUGUAGUGCUAGAAAUGUAAAUGUAAAUAAGUGUUAGAAACAGCAACUUAAACUGUAAAUAUAAAACCAUGAUUUAUUCUGCUUAAAAAUAUCUGAUUUGGCUCUGCAUGCCACCAUCAUUAAAGUGUAGACUUUCAGGUUGAAUUAAAGGAGUUAAACAAAAUCAUCCUAUGAAGGGUGCAGGAAUUGCAACCAUUUUUCCACAAAGCCUUCUCAGUGGACAGUGCUUCAUAGUACAGAUGGACAAUGACCAAAAGCAUCUAUAAGUAGACCAACACCAGCAGAUGACAUGGCUUUCCAAACCAUCACUGAUUGUGGAAACGUCACACUAGACAUCAAGCAGCUGCAUGUCUCUCCACUCUUCCUGCAGACUCUGGUCCCUUGAUUUCCAAAUGAAAUGCAAAUGUUUCUGAUGGUCAGUGAUGGUUUGGAGAGUCAUGUCAUCUGCUGAUGUUGAACCACUGUGUUAAAAAAAAGUCAAUGUAUUUUUUUCCCGGAAAAUCUUUCAGCACUUCAUGCUUCCUCUGCUGCCAACUUUUAUGAAGAUGCGGAUUUCAUUUUCCAGCAGGAUUUGGCACACUGCCAAAAAUACCAGUUGGUCUUAUAUAAUAUUCUAUUUUUUGAGACACUUAUUUUUGGGUUUUCAUUGGCUGUAAGCCAUAAUCAUCAACAAUAAAAUAAAUAAUGUUUAAAA